UUUCCGGUGUUGAUUAGUUGACAUUGGCAACAGUCGAUUUCCCGUAGUUCGACUGGUCGCGACACCAAAAUGGGUCGACCAAAGUAUUUCACACCCUCUGAAGUUGCUGUACACAACACAGUAGACGACCUUUGGGUAUCUUUCCUUGGAAAAGUGUAUGAUCUUACACCACUCUGUGAAAAAUACACAGGCGAUGUCCUGUUAAAACCAAUCAUCCAGUCAGCAGGAAAGGAUAUUUCACACUGGUUUAAUGCUAAACUGAAAGAUAUUCGAACCCAUGUAGACCCACUGACUGGCUGUGUAAUCCCGUAUUGUCCAAAUGGCCGAUUUGUCCACAUUCCCCCACCAUAUCCAGACAGCUUCUGGGCAAAUGAUUUUGGACGUCCAUGGUGGAAAGAUGAAGGGUAUCUCGUAGGAAUAUUGUCAAAGAAAACAAGAUCUGUCAAAAUUAUCAACACAUUAACAUCACAGGAACAAGUCAUAGAGGUGUGUUCAGAAGAAAUAAUGACAGAGAUUUUAGACCGAUACAUCAAGUAUAAUGCACACGCGGGGAGCUACACAUGGAAAUAUGAUGGCAGAAACCUGGUCAUGACCGAUACAUUGGAAGAUAACAAGAUCCCUGACGAGGACCAGGAGUUCUACAAACUUAGCAUGAAUGAUGACACAUUCCUACAGGCCAUCCAUUUGUAUUUCAACGACGACCUCACGGAGGCGUAGUGCCAGUGACUACCUCCAAGGCGUGGUGUCCACAUUCACAACAACAACUAUAAAGAAAUAUAUCAAAGCAAGUCUGUCCAAGCAAAAAGAGGAAGGAAAUAAACACACACCUGUGAAACAAAUAAACAGAAGAAAUAGAUCAAUCAGUCAAUACAGUUAAAUUGAAAUAAAGCAGAUCAUUUUGAUAAAAAAAAGAAUGUGAAAAUAAGAAUAUUUUUGAAGCCAAGAACUGCAUGAACAGUGUGUACAUUUUAUUUUUCUGUCCCUAAAAGACCUUAUCACAUGUGGGUAUUUUAUGGUAAUUAUAUGCUGGCUUUCCCUGCUAUUGGAGAAGUAUAAUUAUCGUUGGUCACAGCAAUACAUACAUGACUAGGCCAAUCUAUUAUUGUAACAUCACUGUCAGUGCUAUGAUUGAAAUGUGCACUACUGUGAAGAAUAAUACUUAUUCCUGUUGUUUUGAAAGUAAAAAGGAUACAAAAUAAAUAUUUAUGUGUUACAGCAAAAAUUAAUAUGAGAAAUUUCUGUUUAAAUUACAAUCAAUUUUGUUGACAAAAAUUUCCUGCAGGUAGAUGUACUUUUGGACUUGACUCAGAUAAGUUGAUAAAUAUAGCUGUACUAAUAUUUACAAUGAAAACAGGGAAAGAAAAUACACACAAGGUAUUUUUUUCAUUUUAUUCAACAUCAUGCAAACCAUGAAAAAAAUGUUACCAACAUCAUUUAGUCAACAAGUGAUCACUGAUGAGAAAAUGCUGUGAUAUUUAUUUCAGGUAUAUGUUGUAAAAUAUUGCAUUCAAUACAGCAGAAGGACCAUAAUAUGUCUACUUAGAUGUUCUAUUAGGCAUUUGUAAAAUUUCUGUUGCCUUAACUUUCUCUGUAUUGAGAGCUACAUAACUGUCAACUUUUGUAUAUAUUUUAUCAGUUUUGUAAUAUACAUGCAUUUGUAAAUAUGAAAUAAAAGAUUAAUGUCAUUGAG